AUGCCAUUGGAGAACUGCCCCUUGAACUGGUAUACGGACGGAAGCAGCUUUGUGCUACAAGGGGUAAGAAGAGCGGGGGCGGCGGUGGUGGACCACAAAGGGGUGGUGGUAUGGAGUAGUGCCCUGCCCCCUGGAACCUCAGCCCAGAAGGCCGAACUGAUGGCCCUAACAGAAGCUUUGGAACGCGCCGAAGGGAAGCGGGUUAACAUAUAUACGGACAGCCGCUAUGCCUUCGCCACCCUGCAUGUCCAUGGCACCAUCUACCGAGAACUGGGAUUCCAGACUUCUAACGGACAGGAGCUCAAGAAUCUGGCAGAGGUCCAGCGUCUCUUAAUGGCAGUGGACAAACCAAGGAAGCUAGGCGAAUUCCUGGCUAGCAACAUUCAUCGGACCUCUCACCUGGGGCGCUGGAAGCUAGCGGAGCUACUCACGGCUGUGCGCCUGGUGUACCCUGCUAUGACCGCAAGCCUGCAGCAGAUCACGGAUGCCUGGGUCUCCAGUCUGCGCUCCAGUCUGCGGCACAGCUAUGACUGCGGGGUCCAGGGCCUCCAGCUGCUGGUGUACCCCCCGCCCGGCCAGACGGUUCACUUCCGGGUGGUGGAUGAAUUUGGGAACCGGUUUGAGGUGAACAACUGCUCCAUCUGCUACCACUGGGUCACGUCCAGGCCCCAGGGACCGGUGGUCUUCUCCGCGGACUACAGAGGCUGCCACGUGCUGGAGAAGGACAGUCACUGGCGCCUGAGGGUGUUCGUGGAGACAGUGCUGCCCGACGGCCAUGUGGCAGAUUCACGUGACAUCACGCUGACCUGCCCCAAGCCCGACUUCAGCUGGGCGCUCAAUCUGCAUCGGACACUGUCCCCCGCCUCCUCGGGCCCGUCCACCCCGCCCCCCCAGCCCACCUCUGGGCUGCCCUCCCCCAGCCUUCCAGCCGCGGAGCCCCGCCUUCUCCCAGCCUCCAGGUCCCCAGAACCUGGACCCACCCACCCCAGCCCACCUUCACCCCAGGGGGGCACCCAGGCCGGCUGGGAUGUUGGCAGGCCAGUCUACGGAGGGACCCAUCAGACCCAGAAGCAGUGUCAGCUGGCCUCAGGGCAUAUCCCCUGCCUGGAGACCCCAAAUCGGGAAGCCUGUCAGCGAGCUGGCUGUUGCUAUGACGACACCAGAGUGGUGCCCUGUUACUAUGGCAACACAGAGACGGUCCAGUGCUUUGCAGACGGUCGUGUGGUCCUGGUGGUGUCCCAGGAUACAGCCGUGGCACACAGGGUGACCUUGGGCAGCAUCCGCCUGGCCGGUGCCCCCCACAGCUGCCCCCCUGUGCAGCAGACUGAGUCUUUCCUGGUCUUCAGCUUCUCCCUCACCCACUGCAACACCACCCUGCAGCUGGUGGGUGACCAGCUCAUCUAUGAGAACCUGCUGGUGAGCGAUAAGGACGUGCAGACAGGACCCCAGGGCUCCAUCACUCGGGAUGGCGCCUUCCGGCUUCUCGUCCGCUGCAUCUUCAAGGCCCAGGACUUCCUGCCCAUCCAGGCAUCUGUCUUCCCUCCACCACCCCCAGGCCCGGUGACCCAGUCUGGCCCACUGCAUCUGGAGCUGCGGAUCGCCAAGGAUGAGACCUUCAGCUCCUUCUUCGAGGACAGGGACUACCCCAUCGUGCGGCUGCUCCGCCAGCCGGUCCCCGUGGAGGUCCGGCUCCUGCAGAGGACGGACCCCAGCCUGGUCCUGACUCUGAACCAUUGCUGGGCCACACCCAGCGCCAGCCCCUUCCAGCAGCCCCAGUGGCCCAUACUGUUGCAUGGGUGCCCUUUCUUAGGGGACAGCUAUCAGACCCGAAUGGUGCCCACGAACGGGACCGGACUGCCCUUCCCUUGCCACUACCAGCGUUUCACCGUCGCCACCUUUGCCCUGCUGGAUCCCACCCCUGAGAGGGCGCUCAGAGGCCUGGUUUACUUCUUCUGCAGUGCCUCCGUCUCCUCCCACCCGGGGCCCCAGGGCUGUGCCCCCCUCUGCAAAUCUGAGAAUAACAGACGCCGCCGCUCCUCGGGACCCCACGACGACAUGGCCAGACCCCAAAACAUCGUGAGUUCUCUGGGGCCAGUGGGCUUCGAGGAUGCUUCCAGGCAGGAGCCGACGCCAGAGCCUGCAGGCUCCUCCAGGAACCCCGACUUGAGCCCUCCCCUCUGGCUUUUGCUGCUGUUGGUGGCUGUUGCCCUGGUCCUGGGCAUUGGCGUCCUUGGGGGCCUUCACCGGGCCCAGAAGCUCUGGGGGGGCUCUGGGCGGUGA